AUGAUCACACCUAGGUUCAGCUGCAGCCAGACAGAGACCGCGGUCGUCGUGUCGAUGUACUGUCCAUCAAUUCGCGCAGCAGACGUCGAGAUCAACAUCGACGAGACACUUUUAACGGUUCAUGUGAACCCUUAUUAUCUUCGUCUCAACUUUCCUCACAGCGUUGUCGAGGAUGACGCUUCAUCUGCUCAAUAUGAUCCCAGUUCAGGGUACUUGACUGUGACUCUGACCAAGGAACAAAAAGGACAACAUUUUGAAGAUCUCGACCUCCUCGCUAAACUCCUGGCACCCCGCCCUUCCAAAACAACGCCAACCAUUGAAGUGCUCUCCUCAGAAACCAACGAUGAACUCUCUUCAAAGCUGGAUGGCCUCACGUUGGAAGGAAAGGAGAAUUCAGUUUACGAACAAGCACUCGAAAACGACUGGCAGAUUCCCCAGCAGGUUCCAGAACCUCUACCAGAGCUCCACACAACAAUAGAAAAACGCUAUGGAUUCCUUGACAUGCAUUCCGGUUACCUGCGGCAUGUUGGCCACACGGAAAAUGAAAUUAACGAGCUUGGAGCCGAUGCGGAGACCUGUCCUAAAGAUGAACGACGGAAGAUAAGGAUCGAGCGCGAAGAAGCGAAAUGGGACCCAGAAUACUAUAUGGCCGACUUUGCCGACGACGAAAAUAUCCAGGAACUCCUCCACUGGAAACAUCCUUACACCAUCGCCGAGGGUCCCUUUGAAUAUACCGAAUCAGAAAAUCUUGAAAUCCUACGUCUGCCUCGGAAAGAAUACCUCGCCACUGCCCGCCAAACGCACGAACUUUAUCUGACAUUAGUCACCCUACUCUAUGCAUAUGCAUACGAAUCCCGUACAAACCAGCUGGACCCCACGCCGGAGAGCGCAUGGACAAUAUGCUCUCUUACCCCAGCUUUCUCGGCUCUGGACCCACCCACGUCCUCCGCUGACUGGAAAACACCAGCCAACGGCACCCAUUUCACCAAAAACGAGUUAAUCACCACCCUUGUUCCCUCAUACAGGCGUGCUCUCGCUUACCCGCUUUACCGGUCUUUUGCACUGGCAGAUAAAUGCCGCAUAGAUACCGCUCAACUUUUGCUCAAAGGUAAAAGAACCGUAAUGCGCUGUCUGUUGGACAUGAAACGCAUCCUUGAUCAUCACGAGGUCUACUAUGUUUACAGCAAGAUUUGGGUUGACGACUUUUGCGUUUGGGUUCAAGCUUAUUCCAGUGACGAUGUGCUGCUGGAAUUGGGAAACUGCGUAAAGGAUGCGAAAGUUGACAAGGAUUUGAUCGGAUGGCACCUUGAAGAACUCGAAGCUGCCACUUUGGAGCAGCUCGAGCGGGAAAGUGACAGUGACGAUGAGUGA